CAAGAAAGGACUCUUCAAAGAGGAGUAGAUGAUCGACUUUUGAUCGAAGUGCCCUGGCAUUAGGCAAUUCUUGGAGGACUCAAGAUCAACUUAACACCUCAGUUUCCUCUCAGUUGGCCUCUCACCUUCCCUGGAAGCGGGGAAGUAACUGAGGCGUCUCCGUUUAGCAUCUUACCGGUGAUCAUAGAGGCAGGGGUGGUGAGCUCGGAGCAUGACGGACACGCUUCGGCCGCCUUCGCUCCAGGUGCACGUCCCCCGGGAUGAUCCCAGCCACGGAGAGGAGGAUGGUGGCGGGAGCGGAGGCGGUCCCGACAGCCUCAUCUGGUCCAGCUCGUCCACCCCCACCCUGCGGCGCCGACGCUUUAAGAUGAGACGAAUGAAGAAGCUGCCCAGCGAGCGGGAGCAGAUUGAGAACGGGCUGCUGCGGCACCCCGAAUCACGCUCGGAUUCAAAAGAGUACCUCCAGCUGCCCUCCAUCGAGAUCACGCCAUCCAGUGACGAGGACGCGGCCUGGUCAAACAGCUCCACCCCGAGCGCCUCGCCCCGGCGCAAACGAUUCCUGCUUCGCAAGUGGCUGAAGGUGCGAGAGAGGAAGGAGCAAGGCAGUGAGAGCAGCAGUCAGCAGAGUAGUCAACAGAGCAGCCAGCAGAGCAGCCAUGACGACGAUUCCAGCCGCUUCCUGACUCCCUUCAUCCGCGAGGACAGCACUGCCAGUAACUCAAGCCGGAGUUCCCCUGCCUGCUCUCCGGUUCUGCGGAAGCGCUGUCGAUCUCCCAUUCUGCAGAACGUCGAGACGGACACCAUGGUGGAGAAAGGCUCAGAGCAGUCCGACACCUCCAAGUCCCCCUCCACCCCUGAGCAGCUGGUCACUCGCACCUUCUCCGGCCUGUGCUGUUUUUGUGAAAACACAAGACACGGAACAAAACACAACAAAAAAACCCAGAGCUGGUACAACGUCCUCAGUCCCACAUACAAGCAGCGUAAUGAAGACUUCAGGAAGCUCUUCAAGCAGUUACCGGACACAGAGCGCCUUAUUGUGGACUACUCAUGCGCUCUCCAGCGGGACAUUCUCCUGCAGGGCCGCCUCUACCUCUCUGAAAACUGGAUCUGUUUUUACAGCAACAUCUUUCGCUGGGAGACACUGCUUACAGUUCGGCUGAAAGACGUCUGCUCCAUGACGAAAGAGAAAACCGCGCGUCUGAUUCCCAAUGCCAUACAGGUGUGCACGGACACUGAGAAGCACUUUUUCACAUCGCUUGGUGCGAGAGACAGGACUUACAUGAUGAUGUUCAGACUUUGGCAGAAUGCACUGCUGGACAAGCCUCUCUGUCCUAAAGAGCUCUGGCACUUCGUACAUCAGUGCUAUGGAAAUGAGCUGGGCCUCACUAGCGAUGAUGAAGACUAUGUGCCGCCUGAUGAUGAUUUCAACACCAUGGGAUACUGUGAGGAGAUCCCAGCAGAGGAGAACGAGGUCAGUAAUGAUAACUCAUCCAAGAGCAGCAGUGAGAACAAGCCAGACAACAGUUCUCCUCCGUCACACAAGAGAUCCAUCACACACUCCACCACACCUCCCAGCAGCACUGAUACGCCACUGUCUUUUGACAUUGCAGCUGAGGAGUACACAGACUGCCUUCCUGAUGGAGAUCUGCUGCCGCUCCCUCUGCUGGCUGAGGAGAGGAACAGCGAGCCGGCCAGUCCUCUGGACCCUGUGCUGCCACCUGCACUCGACUUCAACGACAAUGAGGAUAUACCCACUGAUCUCAGUGAUUCCUCAGAGACAGAUGAUGAAGGGGAUGAGGUUCAAGCAUUCCACGAGGAUCUGAACGGCCGUCAGUACAUUAAUGAGGUGUAUAAAUUCAGUGUUGAUAAGCUGUACACCAUCCUCUUCACCGAGUCCCAGUUCAUGACAGACUUCAUGGAGCAGAGGAGAUUUACAGAUGUGGUGUAUCAGCCUUGGAAGAAGGAAGAUGCUGGAAAUCAGACCAGGGCCAUCAUGUACACAAUUUCCCUGACCAACCCACUGGCUCCUAAAACAGCUACAGUUACUGAGACUCAGACUCUGUAUAAGGCCAGCCAGGAGAGUGAGUGCUACAUAAUUGAUGCUGAAGUCAUCACUCAUGACGUUCCGUACCACGACUACUUCUACACCCUAAACCGCUACAUGCUGACGCGCGUGGCCAAGAACAAGUGUAGACUGAGGGUUUCUACAGAGUUGAGGUACAGGAAACAGCCAUGGGCACUGGUGAAGGGCUUCAUUGAGAAGAACUUCUGGAGUGGGCUAGAUGAGAACUUCAAAAGCCUCGAACUGGAGUUAGGAAAGAUAGAGGACGCUCUAAUGGAAAGCCACAGACUGUCUCCUAAUGCUAAAGCAGUCAAGAACUCCACCCUAAGGCGGAGAAAAAGACCCCCCGCCCACCUGCGCACAGCCCAUCUAGAUGAGACCCUCAGUCCUGUGACCACACCAACAGACGAGGAGGUCAUCCACCGCAUCAAACACGUGGCAGGUUCCACUCAGACAAGACACAUUCCUGAGCACACGCCAGGGGGCGGGAUUUUCUGCAACCUCUCUAAACCACUACUCAUCAUCAGCUUUGUGAUCUGUAUAAGUCUGGUGCUACUGGUGUUUUUGAAUGUGAUGCUGUUCUACAAACUCUGGAUGCUGGAGUAUUCUGCACAAAGCCUCACCAGCUGGCAGGGCUUACGCCUACAUGAAAGUAAACUGCCGCAGACACAGAUGGAAUGGGCACAGCUCCUGGAGUCCCAGCAGCGCUACCACGACGCUGAGCUGCAGAAAUGGAGAGAAAUCAUUAAAUCUUCAGUACUGUUAUUGGAUCAGAUGAAGGAUUCCUUACUGAGCCUACAGAAAGGUGUGGGUCUACGAGAUUACAACUCAGACUCGGACGAGAAGAGGAGUCGAUAUUACUGACACUUACCCUCCAGGCCACCAGGGAGCGCUGUGCAAUGUAGAGCCACUUAUGAGAACGAAAGGCAAAAAAUAAAGGGCCCAAAUGUGCGUGUAUGACUAUGCAUACUAAACAAAAGAGACACUUGAUAGAGACCAGAAGAAGAAGAGAUGGACCAGAAACUGCCAUCGGCCAAUCCAAGUGGACAGCAAGCCCACAGGAAGUGGGGCCAUAUCUGUCCCAUGGAAUUGUGGGACGGCUAGAGUCCGAAUGGGCUCACCACUGUUCCAGCUUUCUUUCAGGUUCUCUUUCUGAGGAUGUUACUGUUUGCAAAGUAACGGAACGGACCUGAGGAAGAAAAUGAAGAGCAUGCUUUUUAUUUUUUUUAGCCCUCCUUUCUUUUGAAGUGUUUUUAUUGGUACAAGGAAUGAGGAAAAUUAUCUUUUAGCUUGAUUUUGACCUGUAACGGCACAGCUGCCCUGUCCCUUUUCCCACUUGUGAGAGUUUUGCACAGAAAGCAUUAUGAAAUCUAGUUCACUCAUGCCCUACAGUAGUAUCAAGGCUGGUUUCCUUGAUAAUUCUGCGAAAAUUAUUAAGGAAGUCAAAACUAGUUUCCGCAAAAUGGGCCACUUGCGCUAAAAACAGAGACCUUAAAUUUCGGUGAAGCGUUAACCAUUAAGCUAAAGCGUUUUUGCACCAGAGAAAAACUGAACAGGGACACCGCAGCCAGAAAGAUGGAUAAACAUUGUUAGUUUUUGAUUACUAAACUGUGAUAUCUCCUGCUUUAUUUGAAGAUAUACAUGAAUAUGUUUGAAAUAUAUACUUUAUUCAAGAUUUAAUAUAUAUUUCAAUAUAUAGAGAGAGGUCAUUGUAGAUAUUUAUUGUUAAUUUAUGUACAUAGAACACUUAUCAAAGCUCUAGAAGGAAAGAGUUUAUAAUUAUUAAACUGCGUUUUAUUCAGUGACACGCACAAGCACGUUUGAGACGUGUCCGUGUGAGCAUGUGCGUGUGUGUCGUAAGUUGAUCUGUGUCUAUUUUGGUGAAUGUAAGAAUGUUCGUGUGAUGUUUUAAAUCAUUCCACUUGUACGUCUUGUGUCUUCCUCCCGGCACAUGAAGCCAAACUGCCUUUUUCUUGCCCAGCAGCUCAGUCCACUGGGCAUCUGUUUACACAUCCGCCUGGCUUCAGAAACCGAGCGGUCAGAAAAUGACCAUCCAGCUCGGCCAAGAACCCACACACGCAUGCUUUCUCUGCUGUGGCACCAUUCCUGUUUUUUAUUUAGCAUGAGGUGAGAGUCUGGACCAGGAAGCACUGCAGGAAACGGCACUGGACACACUUCACAUUUUAAUUGAACCGAUAGCCCAUAUUUUGUCAUUUUUAAAUCAGUCAAAUAAAAGGAAAGUUAUGUGAGGUGGUAAUGACAUAAUUUUUUUUUCACAGAGCACAAGUGCUCUAGCCUAUAAACCAAAUAUAGUAUUUAUACUAGAUGGUAGAAUUUAUUUAUAUAUAACAUAAAAUGCAACGAUUCCCUUUUUAUGCAGACAGAGGACAAUGUA